AUGUCGAAUAACAACGCCGAGCUGGAGCUCAGCAAGGUCUUCAAUGUGAAGGAUAAGGUGGCCUUGGUCACCGGCGGUGGCUCAGGUAUCGGCUUGAUGAUCACCCAGACACUUGCAGUCAACGGUGCGAAGGUGUACAUUGUGGGGAGGACGAAGGAGAAGCUUAAUAGGGUGGUCGAGGUAUACAGCAAGGGCAUUCCAGGCCAGAUCAUCCCAAUUGUCGGCGAUGUCUCUAGCAAGGAGGGGGUGCAGAACAUCCUCAAGGAGGUCGAGUCUCGCGAGAAAUACCUGGAUAUCUUGGUAAACAAUGCCGGAAUUGCCGCACCAAAGGCCGAUACUUCCGGUGAAAAGGCUCCCGAGGAGGCGGUUGACCAGUUCUUCAACUCCACGACGGUGGAUCAAUGGACGGAGGUGUACGCAACGAACGUUGUGGGUCCCUUCAUGAUGGCCACGGCGUUCCUGCCGCUACUUGCCAAAUCUACAGAGGCGCAGCACGGAUGGUCUGCCACCGUCGUCAACAUUACCAGUAUCUCGGGCACCAUCCGCAUCUCACAGGGCCACUUCUCGUACAAUGCCAGCAAAGGAGCUGCUGUCCAUCUCAACAAGUUGUUGGCUGCGGAGAUUGCGAAGGCUGGCAUCAAGGUCCGCGUCAACGCAAUUGCUCCUGGCGUCUUCCCGAGUGAAAUGACCACGCAAGAGAGCGACGACAAGCAGAAGAGUCAGAUGCCGAAGGAAAAGAAAGAGAUGCUACCAAGCCAGCGCCCAGGGAAAGACACAGACAUGGCCGCCGCUAUCCUCUUCACCGUUUGUUGCCAGUAUCUGAAUGGUCAAAACAUUAACGUUGAUGGAGGAUACCUCAUCCAGGCGGGUACGUAA